AAAGGGCUUGACAAUGAAUGAAAUCAGAGUCAGUCUACUGAUUUCUUUAUUUCACAUGCAUUUUAAGUUCUGGAUUUUUCUGUUGAUAAUGUCAGGUUUUUUUCUGCUUGCCAAUGCACAGAUAUCUGCAAAUAAUCUGUCUGCUGAGUCAAGUAAUUAUACUGAAGGCUGUCAAUCAAUUGCAACCAUUUCAUAUGAAGAUCGUCCAAAUAUAGAUUUUACCAUGGUUUCAACAGAUACCCCGGAGCAUUCAUACCCAGGAGUUGUUCAUGAGUAUCAAAUGAAUAUAGAUUUUAAAGAUGUGAACUGUGGCCCUGUAGUACAGGUGGAUAUAUCAAGUAUAGCUCCUGUUAAUGACUACUGUUUUGUUGAGGGGAUUUCCUUUGAGGCUCCGCUUUCCCAGGCUAAAACCGACGCUUCAAGUAUUAUUAAUUGUACUAAUGCAUGUGGACAGGAUUCUGAAUGUGUAGCUCAACGAUUUGUCCAAGAGUAUUCUAAUUCUAAAAAAACAAAUAUUACCAAUCAGGUCACAACUCGGAAUUUCAAAGUUGAUUUCAAAUUUGUCAUUCAUCAAUGGAGACACUGCCAUUCACGGCCAGCAAUUUGCAUAUACGUUCUAUUUUUAUGAUAUAUUUUUCAACUAAAUAAGUAAAUUUUUGUUUCUACUAAGCUUUCCAUUUCUAACUAUUUAUUUCUUCAUUACAGGAGUGUAAUAGGAAUGCAAUUAUUAUUGGAGGGAAUAUUAUAUUUCCGAGGCUUCCCAAGAUCUUGUUGGGUCCUAGAGCAUUAGGAGCGUAUAGGGAGGGAAGCUUUGGGACCCAACAAGGUCGAGGGAAAACAAGGCAAUAUAAUAUUUCCUCUUAUCACUCCUGUAUGCCGGGUCCAUUAGUGCCUGAUCCAAUCAGGGUUCAGUUAUGUG